UCUUACUGCAUAGAAACCCUAUAAAUGUAGUCAGUAUGGCAAAGUUUUGCAAGUCAUGGUAGUGUUUAUACAAGAGUAAAACUUAAGUACAUAAUUAGACAGUUAAAGCCUUUGCAUAUAACAUUAAUCUGUUUGAGGAUCUAAAAAAAAACACAUACCAAAGGAUUUGGUAAAAUCUUUAGCCAACAUAUUUACAUUCAGUUACACAAGAUUAUUGAUUUUGGAGAAAAAAUAUCUGGCAAUUGUCAACAACCUGUUCAAGUGUUAUGAUGUCACUAUUUUUUGGUACCUCCAAACUCUUAUAGACAAAAGACCUAUUACUAAAUUACAAAUUAACCCUUUCAGAUUUCAUACUUCUCUUCACUCACAGGAAAUAAACCCAUGAGCAAGACUUUAUGGAUAUGUAAUAGUCCAUUUUCUGUUGCUGUAGCAAAACAAUAUCUAAGUCAACUUAUGAAAAUACUUAAUUUGGCCCUUGGUUCUAGAGAGAUUCAGGAUCACUGUGAAAGUGGUAUGGCAACAAGUGUCAGACAUGGCUGCCUGCCGAAACAAGACACUAAGAUCCUUACAUUCUCAACUGGCACCGUGAAGCAGAGAGUAGGAGCUGGAAAUGAUGUAUAGCUGGAAACUCGCAGGCUCACCCCUAGUGACAUAUUUCUUCAGCAGAGCAGCAUUUCUUAAAUCUUCCUAAAUUAUACCAUGAGCCGAGAAGGACUGAUUUCUCUGACUUCAAGACUACAUACUAGCAUUCCUAUUACAUUAACCACUUCAUGAUGGAGAAAAAUUUUGUCAGCCUUUACAAGUUUCAAUACUUGUGUUAUAGGAAUGAAUGCUUAGAAGAGAAGAACACAAGAAAAAGUUUGUUGGAUUAAACAAACUUAUGUGAUGUCAAUUAUGUGAUGUCAAUGUGUCUUUUUGUGCACUCUAGUUCCCAAGAAGGUUAGACCCUGGGAGCUUCAUGUCACAUUAAUUACAGGAAGUUUUCAAGAACCUGAGUUUUGUCCUGGGAAUGAACUUGUCUUAAUUGCUCAGACAUGUUUCUAGUCUUUUAAAUACUUUAAAGCCUUUUUAUAUCAUCUUGAUGUCAGGAAAUAGUGAAGAAAUCAUGCAAGAGGAGACACCUUUUCAUGUAAAUAAUUUUGUAAAGAAUAUAGACAUCAGAGUUGUCUUCAUGUUUAAGAACAAAACCUUAAUUCAUCAAAGCAAAGAAAGCAAAUUACCAUGUUCACUCAAGACUGAUGGUGGAGAUCACUGCAUUGUGGUUUCUGUUUUGCAACAUUUGAGAAUUCUGCCAAAUGUCUGGCUGGGUAGCUGCCCUCGCCAGCUAGAACAUGUGACCAUCAAACUGAAGCAUGAAUUAGGAAUUACAGCUGUCAUGAAUUUCCAGACCGAAUGGGAUAUCAUCCAGAAUUCUUCAGGCUGUAACCGCUACCCUGAACCCAUGACUCCGGACACCAUGAUGAAGCUGUACAAGGAAGAAGGCUUGGCCUACAUCUGGAUGCCCACACCAGACAUGAGCACUGAGGGCCGAGUGCAGAUGCUGCCACAGGCUGUGUGCCUCCUGCACGCCCUCCUGGAGAACGGACACACCGUGUAUGUCCACUGCAACGCUGGGGUGGGCCGCUCCACAGCUGCAGUGUGCGGCUGGCUCCACUACGUGAUCGGCUGGAAUCUGCGGAAGGUGCAGUACUUCGUCAUGGCCAAGAGGCCUGCGGUCUACAUUGAUGAAGACGCCUUGGCCCGGGCACAGGAAGACUUCUUUCAGAAGUUUGGGAAGAUUCACUCUUCCAUAUGCAGCUUGUAGGCGACCAGCUUGCCUCUCGUAGUUGUCUUAAUAAGGAACCGGGGGUGUGGUUAGUGGAAGGCCUAUAGACAAAGACCCCAUUGGAACUGCGGGGACUGUCGCCCUCAGGACCCUUGGGCAUACCUUCUAUUACAGCUUGGUAGGGCUUACCUUUGAAAUAUUUUACAAAGGCAAACUGCGUGCCACAUGAGAAAAAUUCAAAGGUAGCUGGGCAGUGGUGGAAUGGAUGCCACAGUUGCUGCUGCCACAGGCCAGGACCUUUGCUUACGGGCCCUGCAUAGACUGUUAGGGAUUUGUGAUGCUUUGGCAUGCGGAAGACGAGAGUGGUUAUGUGGAUUUUAUCAUUACUGUGAGUGACAGACAGACAGACACACACACACAUACACACACACAGCAUGUACACACAUGCACAAACACAUACAACAUUUUGCUGACCUGAAAUUAUAGACAUUUGCCAGUGGAAGGGAGAAGUAUAUACACCUGAAUAUGACGCAGAAAGAACUCGCCAUGGGCAUAAAACAAGUUUUCUAUAAUUUUCUUUAUUCCAUUUCAUAGUUGUCAACAUCUCUGAGGCACCUCCUUAUUGUCCUGUCCUCCUCACAUGACAGCAGAAGUCGUUAGCCCUCUGUUUCUUCUGGCCUUCUAAUUGCUAUUUCCCCCCCUCAAGACAGAGUUUGUUUACUCACUUUAGUAUAACAUAACACACAAAGGUCAGUCUUUAACUCAUGGUGAUCUUUCUGCCUCCGUCUCCCAAGAACUGGGAUUGUGGUGUAUGCUUCCAUACUCAGCACCACCAUUUUUCAGUUUUGUCUUUUUGAGCAUCGCUGACUUGCCCCAGUCUCAUGGUAAGCAGGAACAAGAUGAAGUUUGUAAUUCAAUUUAUCUGGCUCGGUGCCUGCCUUCCCUGCGAUUAGUCUUUCAGCAGACUGUCAUGGGUGUGGCUUUGUUUGUCUCAGGUCACUAUCCCUGCAGUUGUUUCUACAGUGAGACAUGGGACAAUGUUCUGAACAGCUCCCAAAGAAUUUGGGAAAACCAUUUUAUUCUGCUCAACCUCCUUUAAGCUGUGGUGUGUGAUCUCAAGGUCAUGAGUGGAAGGAGCCUGAGGAGGCCAUGUCCAGAGAUCAGUGUUGGGCAGCUAGGGGCCGACCCUGGCUUAGUACUCAAUUCAGUAUAACACACAUUGCUGUUCCUCCCAGACAUGUGGUUUAUUCCAUUAGGUUUUAUCAGCAGUACAAAUGUCAGCAAAACUUUGCCUUGCAAGAUAUAAAAUGUAGAAACAGACCUGUGUUCCAUCCUCGGGAAGACAGUCCCCUACUGACAUAUUAGGGCACAGAAGGGACUUAUCUUUAGUUGAGUGCCACUGUGUGCCAGUUGAUUUCCUAUGUCUAACGCCAUCACAGUUCACUCUGGGAUGGGUUAUUGUGUCUGUUGAGAUGGGGAAGUGAGGCCCAGAGAGACAAAAACACCUGUCGACUGCCAUUGUCGUCGAUGGAGGCCAUGAGAUGAGAUGCAAAGCUAGGUUCGUCUCUCAGAUCCCAUACCGUAAAAAGUUAAAGUGUGAUAUUUAAAUGUUUUUCUCUUCCUUAUUUUAGAAAUGUGUUAAUAGAUGGUAGCGAUGGUGAUUUGGGAGGCAGAGGGGACAAGAAGGCCACAGCCUGAGUUCCAGUAGUGUUCAGAAUAGAGAGAGAUGUCUCAGAAUGAAGGCACUCAGAGGAGGUACCAAAGGGGGGGGGGCGGGAGAGAAAGAGAUGUUUCAACAUGACAGUAAGACACCCAAGGGGAGGUGGCGUUUGUUUUGAAUAGAGUACCCUACACGAAACAUUUCUCCUACAGUUACAAAGUACCCGGCCUCUCCUACAAAAUAUAGCUAGAUGCAGCACCUAUGUCUAAGAGCCAAUUUAUAAUCACAAUGUAUUAGGUAAAAUUUAAUUUUUAAAUGGGAUAUUUUAAACGAAUAUAAUGGUGUGUGUGUGUGUGUGUGUGUGUGUGUGUGUGUGUGUGUGUGACUUAAUGUCUUAAGAAAUCCAUCUGUACAAAUUCCACUGUACAGUGGCCUUUUCCAGGUGGCUUUUUAUCUAUGGCUCUGAUGAAAUUGUUUAGAACUACAGAUGAACGUUUUAGAAUGACCCCACUUGCCCUCAGUUAGUGGGUUGUCUAAUGUAUCUCAAAAAUCACCUGGGAGCUUUGCUAAAUAAAAGCAUAAAAAAAGA